AUGAAAACAGAUAAAAAUCUUAUGAAAAAAGAAGAAAACGAAGGGCCAUCAACAGGAAUAGUAGAGAAAGAUAUUCGAGAUUUUGCAAAGAACGUUGAGACCUGUUUAAAUUCAUUCGCCUAUGAGGCUUUUGAUCGUGAAAAAUUAGCAAAUCGAAUUGAGGAUUGUUUGGUUGCAGCUGAAGAACUUGGCACUUUAAACAAACUGGUUUCUAGCGAUAUUAAAACAGUUAAUAAGUCAGUGGCAACUAUCAAUACACAGAUUGGUCAGCUUGACGUAUUAUUUCGGAAUAUUGAUCGUUUAGUAGAAUAUAUUCAGGAAAAAAAACGGCUUGUAAAUCAGUUUGAAUCGGAAUUGGACAGAGCUGAAAAAUUAUUGAAUCAAAGAUAG